AGUAACUUGCUUAGAGUCGCGUCCUUUUAGAAUGAGGUAUUUCUGAUAUAGAGAUUACUGAUCCCAGAAGUUUGGCUACUGACUUGAAUUUUUGCCACCCAGAUGCCAUACCGAUGUAUUCAGCAUACACAUUUUCCUCAAUUAUAGUCCAAAUUGAGCCUUCAAUUUAAGGAAAUCUCAAUUAUUUGACCAAAUUUAUCGACUAAGGAAGAAAAUUUCAUUACCAACUUACCAAGUUUGGAAGAUUACUUUCCAAAUGAAAAAAAUUUCCUAGCGACUUCCUAGACUCUUUCCAUGCUUUUGUUCAGUCUACGAUCAUCAGCUUUCCAACUAUUAUUUACUAUUAUUUUAUGUUGUGAGCAUCAAAUUUAUUAUAAACAAAUCCAGAACGCGUCCAACGCUCAACGCAAACGGUUGAAAUUGCACGCGCAGCCAGUCGCCCAUCAGCCAAUUUGAGUGCGAUCUAGUGCAAGUGAUCGCGUUCGCUUAAGUGAAUAACGAGCGUGGAAAUAAAGCAAAUAUCUCACACGACAGCAAACGUGUAGUUUACAGUACAAAAAUUAAGUGUAAACUAAAUAAACAAACAGCUGAAAAAAUACAUGGAAAGUGCUUUAAUUUAAUUAAAUUCAACGUAAGUGAUCGUCGCCAACGAACAGUGAAAGUGAAACGUAAAUAUAUGCAAAAAAGAAAAAGUGUAACAUACUUAGGUACCUUAGCUUACACACGCCCUCCCUACUGCAGUCGUUAAGUUUCGAAAAUGUCUGUAAGCAAUAUAUGCGCAACGCUCAACGUACUCACGCUGUGCGCACUGAUCGCGCCUACUUGGAUCGCUGCACUGCCAUACAACUACGAUGACAUAUACGAUUUGAGCGCCACGCGCCCGGAGCUGCAACCGAAAGAAUUGAAAUUGUGGUUAACAAUAAGCGCGCGUCAUCGAUUUUUGGAAGUAUCUUGGAAGAAUGCACCUGCUCACAGCGACGAUCACAUACUGAUCACCACACAGGUGCCGCAAAAGUUCGAGCGCGUUGAGGUCACAACCGGCACACCUUUGGCUGCCUUCGAUAAUGCAGAGGGUAGCGGUUUUGUGCCAAACGAUGGCAUUACCGAACGCAGCACCUCGUCACCCACGCGCUAUCUACUCGAACUUGAGCGUGACCGCGCUUUUGACGCGCAUUCGAAUACAAGCAAUGUUGCUGCUGUUGUUGAGGGUAGCGGCUAUGUGGAUGCUCCAACCGUCGCGCCGCGUACAACAUCAACUAUGCCAGGGCGCCUAUAUUGGUCUUCAAAUGGUGGGGCUAAUGAUAUUAUUGCAGCAUUACAACCAAGCGCCGCAUCGCAAUGGUUCACCACAGGCGUUUACUUUGAUUAUGCGCUCACGAGCAAUUUGACCGCCAAAACCGGCUGCUAUGGCUAUUGGGCGAGUUAUGUGAAUGCCAGCGGGGAGAUAUUGGCUACCACCUGUUUUCGCGCCUAUCCACGUUGGAUGCGCGAAACGAGCGCACAUAUUGGCGGCAUGCGUAUGCGCGAUCUCUUCAUACCCGGCACGCAUGACUCCGGGUCGUAUAGACCGAAUUUCGAUCCCUUACUGCGUGAGACGCUCGUCACCAAGUAUGCGCUAACGCAGGAUGAUGAUAUACGUGGGCAGUUAUUGCAUGGUGUGCGUUAUCUGGAUAUACGCGUCGGUUAUUAUCGAAAUACACCGGAACGCUUUUACAUAUGUCAUGGUGUUACGCGUCAGCGCCCUCUGGCGGAAAUCAUAGAACAAGUGAAGGAGUUUGUCUUGGAGACAAAUGAGAUUGUGAUAUUCGGUUUGAAAGAGUUUCCGGUUGGUUUUGGAAAAGGUCUGGGCGUUCAUCGUUUGCUCGUCAGUUUCCUACAACAACACUUUGGCGAUGUUAUUGUUCAUCCAUCAGUGUCGUGGCGCGCCUCAUUGAAUGAUAUUUGGUCGCGACAGCAAAAUGUUAUUCUAGCUUAUGACAAAGGUCCAGUCGUCUUUGAGUUUCCUCAUACCCUAUUCGGUUCGGUUGAGCAACGCUGGGGCAAUAAGCAAAGUUGGUCAAAUUUGGAAAAGUAUUUGCGCUCAAUCAGCAAUCUUGACGUUUCCCGUCUACAAAGCCGUCCGCAUGCCGAUAUGGCUGAGCUUUCGCCCGACACGUGGGGCGUUAUACUUGAUAAAUAUGGUGGGUUGCGGAAAAUGGCUGAUCAAGUGAAUUGGCGCAUUUCACAACUUUAUCGCGAUGAAUUGGGUGCCAAUGCCAAUAUUGUGGCAGUGGAUUUUAUACGUGGCACGAGUUUGGUGGAAAUUGCGCUCGAUUGGAAUAAGCGAAGGGUAGCUUAUUUUUAGAAGGGAAUUCGGGGUAAAACUAGAAUAAACUAGAAAGACAAUAAUUAAAAAAAAAACUAGUUUAAAUUUCAAAAUUAUGUCAUUAUUCUACGAGAUUUGGUGUUAAAAAAAUU